CUCAAGAGGAAAUCGGAUCUGGGGUUUUGAAAAACCACGACAGGAAACAUUAGUGCUGAUGAAGGUCGGGGCUCAGCUCCUCGUUAAAUACAGCCAGUCCUGAGAGAACCCUGAAUUACAGAACAGUAAUCAAGGAGCAACUAAAAUGUCCCGGGCUGUCCUGCUGAACCUGCUACUUUUAUUUCCAGCUCCUGCUCUCGGCAAGGUCUGGAUCAACCAGUCUCCCGGCAGGACCUGCCAUCGCGCCGGGGGCUCGGUGACCUUCCACUGCAGCAUCCUGUCCGACGGCGAGAAGCUGGAGGACUGCGCGCCCUACUGGUACGUCCCGGGGCCGGCGGGAUCGGCGGGGCCCGCGGAGCUCCAGGACGUGACCGGCGCGGAGCAGUUCCGAACCCGGAUCAGCGUGCAGGAGGACAUGGCCACCUACUCCUUCCUGACCCUCGCCGGGCUGCAGGAGCAGGACAACAACACCUUCUACUGCUCCCUCAAGUGCAGGAUCAACGGCAAAUUCGAAUCGCGGACAGGACCGGGCAGCGUGCUGGGAGUGACCGGAGCACCCACUCAGGAAUGCCACGGCGAGCAGGGAGAGCCCUUCCCGGGAGAGCUGAGGGUGGAGCAGUGGGCGUCACCGCGGCCCCACUGCGCCGGCGGCUCGGUCAUGCUGCACUGCCAGAUCUCGUCCCGCCGCCGCCGGCUGGAGGAGUGCCGCGCCUCCUGGCUCGGCCCCGACCCGGACACGGCGCCGGCGGCGAACGGGACGGGGGCGGGGGGGACCUACAGCUGGCUGCUCCUCACCCGCCUCCGGGCCAACGGCAGCGGCGGCUUCCUGUGCAGCGUGAGCUGCAGGGUCGAAGGGCGGCGCUGGACCGUGACCGGGCCCGGCAGCCUCCUCAACGUCACGCCCUGCGGCAGCUGGCAGCAAGGCAGGUGCUCUCGAACCCGCGGCCAUGGAGCUCGCCCCACCCCAGAACCCGAAUCUCGGGAUCCGCCAUUCCGAAGCGCCGCCCGUCUUCCGAUUCCGAUGUGGCGUGAGCCGGGGGGGCCAGCAGGGGGCGUGUGUGCACCAGCAGACGGCCCAGGCAGUUCAGACAGGGAGGUGCAGGGGCGUUCUGGCUCCGUGUCUGCGAUCCGGCACUCGGGCCAAACCACAGAGCCACGCCCUUGGCCUGAUUCACGCUGAAGGAAUCGGGCAGUUUCUCCUCGCAGGACGGAGCUGACGAGACGCUGGGUUGAAGAACGCAGGAACUGCAGGACCCCGGGUUUCAGGCUCACCUGCUCACCGCCGGGCAGAGGCCUGAAGCACAGGAGUCCGCAGUCACAACACAUGUUCAUCACGUGCUCUGAGCUGCCACUGCUAUAGGGACAGCCGGCCCAGGCGUUAACAGAGCUCAGGCGAGGAGUCUCAGAGAGCCGGGGUAAACCGCCCCGGUCACCAUACUGGGCCACAGGGAUGGGAGUUCUGCUCCAGAGGGAACAGCGCUAGUAUGUCUCCAGUCUGCAGGUUUAUCAAGAUCUUAUUCAAGUUCCUCUGCUGCUUCCACAGCACCUGCUGAUCCUUCUAACUGGGUACACUGGUAGGUUAGACUGGGCCCUGGUGUGAGUGUGUGAGACGCGUGUCCCACACUCAUACAGAUCAGCGAUAGGAAUUCGAAACAGCAGCACCCCUAGUCCAGACACUGAGGUACUCCCCUAACACAGCUUCUGCUAGGCUACUACAGCAUGGCUGCAGAAGACUCAGCAAAAAUUGCUUCUCCUAAAAAAGAGUAACAGAAAAGAGCAGAAUGUUUAAAAGACAUCUGCAUAGUGUGUGUGCUGACGUGGAUUAUACACUCCGAAAACUGCAGUGCCUAUGGCAAACUCUCGCUGUGUCAGUAAUUACUGAACAUAAACAACCUGCAAAACCCAACCAACAGGAACUGAAUAUUAGUCACUUCUUACCUAAAUACUAAUAUAGCAAAUUCCACAGCUCCACCACAUUUUAAAGACUCUUAUAAACUUAUUUUAAUGACUAUUAAUAACCUACCUGAACUACUUCACUUUAAUGACUAUGUUUAUAAUCGCACAAAACAGAGCAACACUAACUUUUUCACCUACAAUCUGUGAAGAAAAAAAAGCACCAUGUCCCAGUUCAGCCAUGGACGUUCGGUGCUGCAACCAAAACUCAACAUUUCCGCGUCUUGAAGUCCGAGUCCAUGUGAACUGCACAGCCACUAGCGUCGAGAGCCUGGGUCUGGCGCCCUCUGCUGGCGGCUCGCUGGCACGCAACUUGAUUUUGGGGGAUUUCAGGGAAAAUCUAUUUUUGAAAAACGGGGUAAGUUAUUAAAUGCGAAACAGCAGCGCCACCACCCCUCGAGACAGAGUUUCUGGUUCUGUGGGCCCACAGGUCGAGCCCCGAACUGACUUCACGACACGACUCAUCCGAACUGUUAGACUGCGCUCAGCUCCGGCUCACACGGAGGUUUGCCUUUUGUCAACUGCAUUUCAUAAAGUAGAACAAAACAUCUGUGUACAGAACACAACUUCAGGCCCGCAGUCCUCCAGCGCCAGGCUGGGGACCCCUGUGCCCGAACUCGCACACAGGAGCGCGUUAAAGCCGGUCUCGGCGCCGCUGGCUGGGCUUUAGCGAUGCAAGGGGCGGUAACGCCCAGCAGGUGGCAGCUUGCCAUUUGUGAUCAACUUUCCAGCUGGGCACAUAACUUCGUCCAGAAAUAGCGCUGCAGUGCAGCCGUGCGAGUAUUAGCGACACAAUCCCACUGAAUGCACAGCCGAAACAUCCACGUGAACACGACUUCGCUGCAAAGUCCAGCUGUUCUCCGGUAACAUUCUGACGUGGCAUCAACGCCCCCCGCGUGGUGUCUUCUUCCCGGGUGUUUUUGACGCAGGGCCGGCCCUCGCCGCGCAGGCGCACUGACCUUCUCCCCCUCUCUCGCUCGCGCCAGGUUGCGGCCCCCCCGUGCUGUGGCGCGUGUACUCGCUCUUCGCCGUGAACGGGCUGGUGCUGUGCGCGGCCGCCGCCAUGUG